AUGCGCAAGGGUUUCCAUAAUUCCCUGACAGUUCCUGCGUUCCCCUUCUUGGAUCAUCUUCUUCUUGAGUUUGACUUCGUUAGUAUUUCAUUUGUUGAGGAUCUCUCAUUUACUGCAUAUGAUUAUUUCCCUAAUCAAACCGCUUUUGUCAAAGGGAGGAGUAUUGUUGAUAACACCCUCCUUGCUCAAGAAAUUGUGAAAGGUUAUGGGAGGAAGAAUAUUUCUCCUAGGUGUGCUCUUAAAAUUGACCUUCAAAAAGCUUUUGACUCCAUUCACUGGGGCUUCAUUCCUAUCAUUCUCAAGGCUUUAGAGCUUCCAUGGAAACUCAUUGACUGGAUUUUUGUCUGCUACUCUAAUGCCUCCUACUCCAUUGCCUUUAAUGGAAGCUUGGUUAGUUGUUUCAAAGGAGCCAAGGGUCUUAGACAAGGUGACCCUUGA